AUGACUCACUCGAUUCGAUCGACCAAACGACCGCGUUGUGAAGAAUAUAACCGAAACGCGUCGCCACGCCAAAACGAAGGUGUCCAGCAUCCGCAUCUGCUGUUCGCUGCAAUUCAUGAGCUUUCUAUCACGUUACAAUCCUUCAACUUCUACCCUAAAACUAAUAAAACAAUUCAUGUCCAGAUCGAGGCGAUAGAACCCCGCUUCAAUGACCUCAGCGACAUCGAGAAAGAGUUAUCGAAAAGGUUGGGAGAUGCGGGUAAGGAUGACCCGGACAAGAUCUUGGAGAGUCUGAGAGACAUCUCGGAGGAGGUGGACAAAGCGAACGUGGUGAUAUCCAAGGAAGCGGAGACCAGUCUGAUCGAAUUAUCAAAAAUGACAGAAGAUAGCGGGACGCAGGACGAAGGUGACGUGGCGCAAAAGUUGGUGGAAAUCGCAGAGGCGAAGAGGAGGAUCGAUCAGGAACGGGAGGAGGCCCUGGACGCCAUCAAGGUCGACUUACACGUGGAGGAUGACGAAUUGGAGCGGGUGAUGAACAACAGCUCGGACGAUUCGUUGGAAGAAGUUUGUAACGACGGUGAGCUUGAGAUGCCGUUUACAAAAUCGGAGGCAGUGGAGAAAUUGAGAAGAUUGAGGGACGUGGAGAAACCGGAGGAGUCCAAAACCGGUGAAAUGAAAAAGGAGGAAUUUGUAGCAGAAAAAAUCGCCCGGGGAAACGCGAUUUGCAUCGAUUUGAAUAGCGUUCGAUCGGACGGUUCCGAUUCCGAAGAAUCGAUAUACGAGGACCUGAUGAGGAAACCUCCGGAAAAUUUUAUCAAAGGAAAAACGUACGAUUACGACGAGAAGAAGCACGGCACAAGAAUGACCGAGGAAUUUAUCCUUAAGCAUUGCAAGGAAAACAAUUUGUACCAGACCCCUUAUCUCAACGACGUACUCUACCUCCACUACAAAGGGUUUUCGUUCAUUGAGAGUCUUGAACGUUACACUGGCCUAAAGUGCUUGUGGCUUGAGAGCAACGGUAUCCGGGAGAUAGCGAAUCUCGAUAACCAGAGUGAGCUGAGGUGUCUCUUCCUGCACCACAAUUUGAUCAGCAAAAUCGAGAAUUUGGAGUGCCUACCGAAACUGGACACUCUGAAUCUUGCUCACAACAGCAUAAGAAUGAUCGAGAACCUCGACAGCUUGAAGAACCUGAAGACGCUUCAUCUAUCCCACAACUACCUCCGCGAGACAGCAGACUUCGAGCACCUUAAAGAUUUGAACCACGUCACUAUCCUUGACUUGUCACACAAUCGGAUCGAGUCCUUCGACGUCGUCGAGGUUCUCGGAGCGAUGAAGAGCCUUCGAGUGGUCACGCUGACCGGAAACCCGGUUAUAAAGUCUAUAAAAAUGUACCGAAAAACUAUGACCCUGAAAUGUAAGAAGUUAACUUACCUCGACGACCGCCCGGUAUUUCCGCGGGAUCGAGCUUGCGCCGAAGCUUGGAUGCGCGGUGGACCGGAGGAGGAAAUUGCCGAAAGGAACCGGUGGAUCCAGGCGGAGCAGAAAAAGAUCAACGAUAGUGUUACAGCUUUGCUGAACCGAAAGAAGCACUUCGAGGCAGUGGCAGCUGCUGAAAAGGAGGAAAAGGAACAAUCGGAAAACGUCGAGGCAGCCAAAAGCUGUACCGAUUGCAGAGUUUCAUCGGAACUACUGGAGGUGGAAAACAGAGUGAAGUCAGUGUCUUCGACUUCGUCUUCGUCUCCGUCUUCGUCUCCGUCUUCGUCGAGUGACAAUGAAAACGAAUAUGAAAAGGAUACUUGCGUCAAUGAUUUUUCGGAAGUGAACGAGUCCCAGAGAUCAGGAAGUCAAGCUUUAUUGGAAAACUCUGAAAGGAAAGCUUCGGAUGAACAGAUCAAGGAGCUUCUUUUACCGUGGAAAGCAGAGAUUCGUGCACCAGGAAAAUCUCCGAGGCUAAUUGAAGAUAUGACGGAGAUAAAAGAACACGUUGCGGGUGACCUGGAAAGGAAACGGUUGGCCCGACGUGUCCUAGAUAACAGGACGCACAGAGUAGACCAAGCUCGUUCACCAGGUCCUGACUGUGUCGUCGGCACCGAUUUAGGAAAGGAGAUUCUGCAGACGAUUCAGGGUGGUAACAGCAUUGCCAGUUCUUCCGAACCUGCAAAGAAGGACUCCGUUCUGGUUGAAGAUAUGAGAAAUGUUACCACCGAGGACGAUGAAUCGUCUGAGGAACCACUGUCAACAUCAGAAAAUCACAUUAGCUCGCAGCUGAGUUCAGUGCGAGAAGAGAUGAAAGAUUUCUGCGAAGACAUGAGGAAGUUCACAGAAGAAAACGGUAUCGUCUACAAAAAUGGAGAAGUGGUCAGAUGCUGGGGGGGUGAAAAUAAACUGAUUGAAGUAACGGAUGAUUCGAAGUCUCGGGAAGAAACGGGACGAUGGUGGAACACCAAGGAGCGGAAGCAGAGGGUAAGGAAGAUCCUGAAGCAACGGGAAGAAGAGUCUCUGACUUCAGCGAUGGGCUCGCUGGCGGUCAGGGGGCCGGAAGAUCCGGCCCCCAAUUACUGCCAGGUGAAGCAGGUGGGGGGCGGUAAACGUGCACAUGAAAUCGAGGGCCCUGAAGUCAGCCGAAAGAAGUUACUGAUCGUGGAGGCUGGAGGCGGAGACCCGGAGGUCCCGCGAGGAGCUAACGAAAGCUUGGAAAGCGUGGCGGAAAGGUGCAGAAGACACGUCGUGAGUGAAACCCGGAGGCAAACGGCGAAGCCGUCGCCAUUGUUGGACAGCUGCAUAUCGACACUGAUCCGGGAAACCGGGGAAAAGCUCUCGCUGGAGGGACGCGAGGAUUUCAGGGACGAAUUGGACGGCCUGAAAUCGGCCGCAAGUAUCUUAGAAACAAACGAAUGUCUCACGCCGUUAGAAACGAGGGAAACAAACGUGGAAUCUGCCGAUCAGCGGAUAUCAAGUCGAUAUUCCGGUGACGGUGACUGCGUGACGAGUCUUUCUGAGGAGGCCGAAUUCCCCGACAUGGAUGCCGCACUGAGGGCGAGAAUCACGAGGAACGUGAACGCGCCGAAAACCCCCGAGCAAAGAGAGCGAGCCAGAAAAUCGGCAAACGCCCUGAUGGACACGUCCAGAGAAGCCAUGGCUCGGGGUAAAAUGCCGGCGCAAGACUUUCACGCCUACGACUACGCUGAGGAUGCAGCUGCAGCUAGCAUACAAACAACCCGUCAGUUCCGUGGCUUCACGGAGGAGGAUCACCGGGAAACUGAGGCUGCGAUGAGCGAGCAGGACAGGCUUUUGGGUUGCGAGAGGAAGUUCGAGAUGUUGGGAACCGAUGAUGACGAGGAGGACGUUUCAAGGGUCGAAGCAUCGCCGUUGAUCGAAGAGUUGAAGCCGAGGCUGCGGGACGAAGACGAGGAUUUCGGGGACGGUGUUCAGCAGAGGUCGUCGGGGCAAAAGGACGGGGAUGAAGCCGAGGACAAGGAAAAGGACAAGGCCAAAAUCGUCCAGCAAAACGAGGUCGAAGACUGCAGUCAUGUUAUAGCCAGGAAAGUCACCAAGACUUUAGAGAUGCUCGUCGCCCUUCAGGAAAGCAGCGAAUAAUAAUCCCAGGAUCGGCACGGACCUACUUUGGCGAGCAUUCGAACGCAUCGAUACUUUGCAAUACAAAA